UGUAAUGGCUGCGCCCAUGGUUGACUUUCCGGAGCAUGAUCGGCGAAGUUUUCUUUCCUCUGACAAGAAAGUCAUACUCCACUUAACGAUUUAAUGUUCAAAUAAGAACAUAUUUACAAUAUUCGAAUUGCUUCGUGACGAUAAGAAAUAAGUUUUAUCUUCAUAACGAAAGUUUGCAUACAGCUGGGUUUUUUUUCUCUCCAUUCAUUCAUUCAGUCUAUCACCUCAUCAUCUCAAUAUAUUCGUACAAGGUGUUAGGAAGCUUGAUAAUGGAGACAUACACCGUGCAGUUUUUCUAGGUGUUAAACUUACAUGCAUUUGUCAUUAUGUUGUCGAUUUGUCAUGGUGUGUAUAGCAGUAAAUGAACAUGGACAAAAUAUAACUUUUUUGACAACUUGCCAAAUGUAGUUUUCAGUCUGUAUCCAAUAAGUGUGUGAACUGAGACAAUGGAGAGCAGUAAUGCUGGACCAGUAGUACUGCAAACUUUGGCUAAUGCAUGCAAUCAAAAUGCUUGCGUGUUUAAAACAGCAGAAAAACAACUUCAGGAAUGGGAGAUUCAGCCAGGAUUUUAUGCCGUUUUAUCUGAAAUAUUUUGCAACCAUGAGGUAGAUGUGAACGUACGAUGGCUAUCUGUGAUGUAUGUGAAGAAUGGAGUGGAGAGAUAUUGGAGAAGGAAUGCUCCAAAUGCAAUUGCUGAAACAGAAAAGGAAGGGAUAAAACAAAGACUGCUGUCCAAUUUUACAGAACCUGUACAUCAGAUUGCUACACAGCUGGCCGUCCUGAUUGGAAAGAUUGCACGGUUAGAUUGUCCGCGGUCCUGGGCCCAGUUACUGCCCACAUUGUUUCAUGCUGUGCGCUGCCCUGACCACCUGAUCCAAGAGAGAGGGUUACUUGUAUUGCACCAUGUCACGAAGAUGCUGGCUUCAAAGAGACUGUCACAUGAUAGAAAACUAUUUGAAGAAUUGACCAAUGAGAUUUUUGGAUUUGUCCUGCAGCUGUGGCAGAAUCACUUACAAGAUUUUCUCCAGGCCGCGUCGAAACAUGAUGACAAGAUGGGACAAUCCCUGGACAAGGCUUUACUGGCCUGUAGGAUUUUAAGAAAACAAAUUGCCUAUGGUUUCAAGGAUCCUGCCUGCAAUAAUGACGCCAGUAAUUUCUUGAGCCAAAUAUUUCCCAGUAUGAAGAGUAUGCUUGGUUGCAGACAGAGCAUGUGGGGACACCACUUUAUUCUGGAGAAGUGUGAGAAGAUGAUCAUCCUUCUAACUAAAGUGCUGCUGGACAUUCUCGAGCUCCACCCUGUUUCCUACACAAGCCUUAUCAGGCCCACGCUAGAGUUUGCUGUCAGCUACAACUUCUCUGAGAAUGAAAAGGGGUUGUUGUUUGAAAGAUUUACCGUAAACACCUUUAACUUGAUCAAGGGAAUCCUGCAAAACGAAAUGUACAGACCUCUGAAGAAUGAAGAAGAAUCUCCGGAGCCCGGAAGACAGGAAGCAUACAAGGUGAAGGUGGAGUUCUUUAACUACGACACGUUGUCCGAGAUGUGUCGCCGUCUGGUGUCCCAGUACUUCCUCCUGUCCGGAGACGACUUAUCCACAUGGGACGCAGACCCUGAGGAGUUCUGUCAAGAAGAGGUUGGAGAUUCUUACAGAUAUUCCUUACGACCGUGUACAGAAACCCUCUACAUGGCGCUGUUUAAGGAGUACAGAUCCUCCCUGAUCCCCGUACUCCUACAGAUGGUCCAGUCUGUACAGGCACCCUGUGAUCCUGAGGACAUGGCCGCCAUACUACGCAAAGAUGGAGUGUAUAAUGCUGUUGGUCUGGCAUCUUUUGAUCUGUUUGAUGACAUCAACUUUGACGAAUGGUUUACUUCCCACCUGCGACAGGAACUACAGAUCAAACAUGUCAAUUACAGGAUAAUUCGUCGGAGGGUGAUAUGGCUGUGUGCCCAGUGGGUUGGUGUGAACAUGGCUGUGGGGACGCGCCCGCUUCUGUACCAGGCUGUGCUGCCUCUCCUCAACAAGGAAGAGGAUCUGGUGGUACGGAUAGAGGCUUCGCUCACUCUUAAAACUGCUGUGGAUGAUUUUGAAUUUAAUGUUGAACAGUUUUUACCUUACCUUAAUGCUUCGUUCUCUAUGUUGUUUGAACUUCUUCAAGAAGUGCGUGAAUGUGAUACAAAAAUGCAAGUGCUACAUGUGAUAUCGUUUGUGAUAGAGAGGGUGGGGGCCCAGAUACGGCCCCACACCUCCUCCCUCAUCCAGUACCUCCCGUCCCUGUGGCAUGAGUCAGCUGACCACAACAUGCUUCGGUGUGCAAUACUCACCACUCUUAUACAUAUUGUACAGGGUUUUGGGUCCAUCAGUUCUGACAUGUAUGACUUCCUGCUGCCCAUUAUCCAGAUGAGCACUGAUGUAACACAGGACCAGCACAUCUACCUAAUGGAGGAUGGCCUUGAACUCUGGCAUGUGACCUUGCUCAAUGCACCAACCAUAACAGAACAGCUGCUGCAGCUGUUCAAGAACAUGGCAGGCCUGCUAACAUUGGGAACUGAGAACCUACGAACGUGCCUCAAAGUCAUACAGGCUUAUAUAGUGCUUGGUCCAAGGGAUUUCAUGCAGAGAUUUUCCUCAGAGUUGGCCAUCGCUCUUACAAGUAUGAUAUCAGACCUACGUACUGAGGGCAUCGUUCUUAUUUUACGUGUGAUAGAACUGGUCUUUCAAAGUUUUCCUUCGGAAGGUCCUGAGGUAUUCCGUCGACUUCUGCCAACUCUCCUGAAGGCAGUCAUAGAAGGGGAUGAUCACCCAAUGGUACUCACCGUCUACCUUGGAUUAUUUGCGAGAAUGUUACUUCAGAAUCCAGAGUUCAUGUGGAAAUUCCUCAAUGAAGUGGCUCCAGAAUUUGGCAAACCAAGUGAGGCACUGCUGGGUGACAUUGUGGAUAUGUGGGUGAAUAAGAUAGACUGUAUGGCGCAGCCUGAACGACGCAAACUCAUAGCACUAGGAGCCUGUUCACUCCUGUCUCUCAAACUAAACACUGUAAUGGAGAAGUUUGCUGAGAUAGUGUGUCUGAGUGUGGAGGUACUACAUGACGUAAGCACUAUACCUGUCGACGAGGACACUGCCCUACAGAUGGAUUCCUUGGUGUUGUCUGAUCAGGAUGAGGCUGUAGAGGAUGGUGAGCAGGACACAGAAUUUGACAGACGCAAGAGAAUGCUGUGCCGCCAAGACCCAGUACACAUGGUGCCGCUGAAGGAGUAUGUCCUGUCCCAGCUAUCUGCCUGUCAGCAGCUUCAUGGCCAGGAAACCUUCGACAAACUCAUGUCCCAAGUCGACCCAGAGAUCUUGCGUCAGCUGCGCGAAUUUUCCAGUUAAUUGUGAUCUUCAGUGGAGAGGUUUUUACCACAGCACUACGUAUCCUGGAGCAUCUCUGUGAAUUAUUCCAUUCCCGGGGGUUACAGUGUGAUUGAGGCUUUCAGCAAACUUAUCUUUUCUAUCCGUAGUGGAAAUGGUCAAAAUCUCUGAACAAUGUGAUGCAAGUCAUAUGACUUUGAAAAUAUUGAGAAGAGUUUGCUUUUUAUAAUUUACCUACUGCAGUAGGAACAGGAACCUGUAGCUUAAACUGUUGAAGCCUACACUUUGGAAAGACAAUAUCCGUUCAGAGAAUACCACUGUUCUUUCAUUUAUGUGUCGGAUAGCUAUUUGCCAAGUAUGUUUGUGUCAUGUGUGGAAAAUUGAAUGCAUCACCAUAGGUGUUCAGAACACUUCUACAACACUUGAGUAUGUCUUUAAUAGGAGUGUGAUGAAUAUUGGCCGCAUGGAAUUUUCAUGGAAAGAAACUUUGGGAGGUGUUUGACAACUGUGUAUUAUGGAUUGAUAAAUCUCAGCAACUUGACAGACGACAGGCGACCAGCGUUACAAACUGAUGGUCGACAGGUGGCUUCGUAAUGUGAUUGUCAGGAUUUCAUUUAAAGAAUGAAGUUUGGUGAUGUUGGUAUCAUCAGUAACUGGUUCAGACAGUGAUACAAAAAAGGGGGCAUUUCGUAAGUUUAAGACAGAUAUUUUUCUGAGGAAUUUCGUCUGCAGUAAACACUUGCUAUACUGACGCCUUUUGUCCAGCAUAUUUUUGGCAUUAUAAAAGGAUAUGACUGUUCAAGUAUAUCAACCUGGGAGGCUGUAUAAAGGACGUACGGUAGUAAGCAAGGUGGCAAGUGAAACGAGAAGAAUUUCCUUGGAGUUUUACUGUGGUUUAACUUUCAAACAAGAUGACAGAAAUGCAAGCAUUCCAUUGGAAUUAAGAGAAGAAAUGGCUGAAUAUGUGAUACAUUGUGAUUUGAGACAGUAAUAGAAUUGAAAAUGUAAGCUGAUUUGCUUUUUGUUUGUAAUUUUAUAAGCUGAGAGAGCAAACAAUUAUUAUCAAAACACAUUAUGAAAUGUACGAGAACUUCAUGUACGCUUUAAAUAUGAAAUAGGUAAUUAUGUACUUUUUAUCAUAGUAUAAUAAUCAUUGAUGUACAUUGGAUAUUAAUGUAUUGAUUUUGUGAAAUAGCUGUGGAAACUGAAGCUCAAAGUCUGAUCCAUUUUUAGCCCACCAUCAUCUGAUGGUGGGCUAUUCAAAUCACCCUGCGU